AUCACAAUUCUUUAUAAUGAAUAUCUCAUCUUCAAAAGUUAUUGCAAUAGUUCUUCAUUUGUUUCUUGCUUUUCAUGUUCUGUCUUGGCAUUUUCCUGAUUUUGGCAUGAAGAAAAAAAUUAUUCAGGAAAGGAUAGCAGUUUUCAUGUCGUCAUAUAGGAGGUGUGAUGACCAGCUGUUAGUGACCACACUUUGUACAAGAUCAAUUCAAACUCACGAAGGCAUCAUCAUUAAGGCUCUUGAUUGUAGUGCUGCUGUUGCAGGACGUGAUACGUUAGCGAAGACUGUUUAUGCCCAAUUAUUUGAUUGGUUAGUUGAAAAGAUUAAUAGAUCUGUUGGGCAAGAUCCUGAUUCCCAGAUACAAAUUGGUGUUUUGGAUAUAUAUGGAUUUGAAUGCUUUAAGCAGAACAGCUUUGAGCAAUUCUGCAUCAAUUUUGCAAAUGAAAAGCUUCAGCAACAUUUUAAUGAGCAUGUAUUCAAGAUGGAGCAAGAAGAAUAUCAGAAAGAGGAAAUCAAUUGGAGUUACAUUGAAUUUAUAGACAACCAAGAUGUUUUGGAUCUGAUAGAGAAGAAGCCUAUUGGGGUAAUUGCUCUUCUGGAUGAAGCUUGCAUGUUCCCAAAGUCAACGCAUCAAACUUUCUCAAAUAAGUUGUUCCAGAAUUUUCGGGGGCAUCCACGAUUAGAGAAGGAGAAAUUUUAUGAAACAGAUUUUACCAUCUCCCAUUAUGCUGGCAAGGUCACAUAUAAGACAGAAACGUUCUUAGAUAAAAAUCGUGAUUAUGUCGUGGUAGAACACCGUAAUCUGUUAUCUUCUUCGAAGUGUCCUUUUAUUGCCGGUCUCUUUCCAUUCCUUGGAGAAGAAUCGUCUAGGUCAUCAUACAAGUUCUCUUCAGUAGCUUCUCGGUUUAAGCAACAACUUCAAGCUCUCAUGGAGACACUCAGCUCAACUGAACCGCACUAUGUUCGUUGUGUGAAGCCAAAUUCUCUGAAUCGGCCUCAAAAAUUUGAAAAUCUCAGCAUCCUGCACCAACUGCGUUGUGGGGGUGUUCUGGAGGCUGUGCGCAUAAGUUUGGCAGGUUAUCCCACACGCAGAACUUACCAUGAAUUUAUAGAUCGAUUUGGACUGAUUGUUUUAGACAUGUUGGAUGGAAGUAAUGAUGAAAAAACCAUCACAGAGAAAAUAUUGCAGAAACUCAAGCUCGGGAAUUAUCAGUUGGGAAAGACAAAAGUAUUCCUUAGGGCUGGCCAGAUUGGUGUUUUAGACUCACGUCGUGCUGAGAUUUUGGACUCUUCUGCGAAGCAAAUACAAAGUCGGCUACGUACAUUUCUUGCACGCAAGGACUUCAUCUCAAACCGAUUGGCUGCAAUUCGUCUACAGUCUUGCUGCAGAGGUUAUCUUGCUCGUAAUUUAUAUGCUGCACUGCAGGAAGCAUCGGCUGCGAUCAUAAUCCAAAAAUACAUGCGGAAGUGGAUCUUGAGGAAUGCUUAUGUGCAACUUUAUGCUGCUUCUCUACUGAUACAGUCUUGCGUUCGUGGUUUUGCUGCUCGACAGAAGUUCUUAUACAGGAAGGAGAAUAAGGCUGCUACUAUCAUUCAGGCACAUUGGAGAAUGUGCAAGUUUCGAUCAGCGUUUCGUCAUCGGCAGUCCAAUAUUAUUUCUAUACAAUGUCUUUGGAGGCGAAAAAUGGCAAGAAGAGAGUUCAGAAAGCUCAAACAGGAAGCUAAUGAAGCUGGUGCCCUUCGUAUAGCAAAAACCAAGCUUGAAAAGCAGUUGGAGGAUCUCACUUGGAGGUUGCAACUAGAAAAAAAAUUGCGGCUAUCUAAUGAUGAGGCUAAAUUAGUGGAAAUUUCAAAACUUCACAAGACUGUAGAAUCUUUAAGCCUUGAGUUAGAUGCAGCAAAGUUGGCUGCAGUCAAUGAGGUCAACAAGAAUGCUGUGCUCCAAAGGCAACUGGAUUUAUCCAUGAAGGAGAAAGCUGCUUUGGAAAGAGAAGUUUUUUCAGUGACUGAGCUAAGAAAUGAAAAUACAUUUCUGAAGAGUUCAUUGAGCGCCUUAGAGGAAAAGAACUCAGCAUUGGAGCAUGAGCUACUAAAGGCUAAAGAAGAGUCUACUAACACAAUUUCCAAGUUGACAGCAGUUGAAGAAACAUGUUCACAACUCCAACAAAACUUAAAAAGUAUGCAAGAGAAGCUCUCAAAUUUAGAGGAUGAAAAUCAUAUCCUCCGACAGAAAGCACUGGGUGUAACUCCGAGGAGCAAUCGUGCUGGUUUUGCCAAGCCUUUUAUCGAUAAAUUUUCUGGUGCACUCGCUCUGCCCUCUGCCGAUCGUAAAUCUUCAUUUGAAUCUCCCACUCCAACAAAAAUCAUACCUCCUCUUGCUCAAGGAUUUUCUGAUUCGCGUAGAGCUAAGUUGACCAGUGAAAAGCAGCAGGAGAACUCUGAAAUUCUUUCACGGUGUAUCAAAGAGAAUUUGGGAUUUAAAGAUGGAAAGCCAGUUGCUGCUUGUGUCAUCUACAGGUGCCUCCUUCACUGGCAUGCCUUUGAGUCAGAGAGGACUGCUAUUUUUGACUUUAUCAUUGCGGGUAUCAAUGAAGUUUUGAAGGUCGGAGAUGAGGAUGUCACAUUGCCUUAUUGGUUAUCGAAUGCAUCUGCACUUCUCUGUCUUUUGCAAAGAAAUUUGAGGGCGAAUGGAUUCUUUAGUACUUCUCAGCGUUCUGGAGGCGGUUCUGCACUAAAUGGGAGGGUCGCACAAAGUUUAAAGUCGCCCUUGAAAUUUAUUGGAUCGGAGGAUGGAAUGUCACAUAUGGAAGCAAGAUAUCCAGCUUUACUGUUUAAACAACAAUUAACCGCAUGUGUAGAGAAGAUAUUUGGUCUGAUUCGUGACAAUUUGAAGAAGGAAAUAUCCCCAUUGCUGGGUCUGUGCAUUCAGGCACCAAAAAUCCAACGGGUGCAUGGAGGCAAAUCAACUAGAUCACCUGGUGGUAUCCCUCAACAGGCACCAAGCAGUCAGUGGGAUAGCAUCAUCAAAUUUCUGGAUUCUUUCUUGAGUCGCUUACGCGGAAAUCAUGUGCCUUCGUUUUUCAUCCGCAAGCUGACAACCCAGGUUUUCUCCUUCAUCAACAUAUCACUUUUUAACAGUCUUUUACUCCGACGAGAAUGUUGCACCUUUUCAAAUGGAGAAUAUGUGAAGUCCGGUUUGGCAGAAUUAGAAAAAUGGAUAGUCAAUGCAAAAGAAGAGUUUGCAGGUACAUCUUGGCAUGAACUUAAUUAUAUCAGACAAGCUGUUGGAUUUCUGGUAAUUCAUCAGAAGAGGAAGAAAUCACUGGAAGAGAUAAGACAGGACCUUUGCCCGGCAUUGACAAUCAGACAAAUAUAUCGAAUUAGUACCAUGUAUUGGGAUGACAAGUAUGGAACUCAAAGUGUGUCAAAUGAGGUUGUCGCACAGAUGAGGGAGAUUUUAAACAAGGAUUCUCAGAAUCUAACAUCUAACUCAUUUUUGUUGGAUGAUGAUCUGAGUAUUCCGUUCUUAACAGAAGACAUUUAUAUGGCACUUCCUGAGUUAGAUCCUUCACUUAUGGAGCUGCCAAAAUUCCUAUCUGAAUAUCCAUCGGCAUUGCUUAUGAUACAGCAUGCAAAGUAAAUUUUCUUUUGGCACAUUCAGAGCUUUUCUUUCUUGCACAACUCCCAGCAUUGUCCAUUCGCGACAUUGCACACAGUGCAACGUCACCAAUUCUUGCUGGGGGAAAACUGCAUCUGAAGUUGGGAACUGAUUCCUGGAGAUGCUGGACAAGUUGUCAUCCAAAAAGAACACGCCAUCAGAUUGUUUACAUGGCAGUCUAGGUCUAGAGUAGGAUCUGUACAGGCAUUAGGUGCAAUUUACUCAAAAGGCUUCCUAUUUUUUCGGAGUGCCGCCUCUUUUGAGCUCUGUAUAUCUGUCAUGUUGGUUAUUUCAUUGUUGUAUCUUCCUGCCUUUGAAGUUUUCAAGGCACUUGCCAUUUUAGAGAUGUAGCCAUAUUUCCUUUACCUCACUAACCAUUUCUGUUCCCUGUACAAAUGAUAGGCUUGUAUUUGUUGAUGUACAUUUACUGUGAAUACCCUUAUUUAUUUGAUAUUUUGAAAAAUUAUCGAAAUCAGUCAUGUUGUAACAAAUGCAACCAUUCAAGUUCUCCUA